AUGCCCAGUGCAAUUAUCGUCCACGCCGCAGUGUUUGCGGUGGGUGCGCUCGUCGGUGGAGGUGUCGCCACCGCGGUGAGUCUCAAGAAGCGCGAAACUGUCCUUCCCCCGGUUCCCGCGCCUGCCCCGGCGCACACCCCGUCACAACCAAUAAUCGACGUGCAGACAGGCGGGGCGACGCGUUUUGCGAGUCCUUCUGCCCUUGUGAUGCUUGAUAUGCCUGUGUUGAGGUACGGGGACCCGGGGCCUGUGACGGACCAAUUGGUCAGGAAGGCGUACGUUGCUGGCUAUGACCGUCGUCUGCGGCACCCGGCUUGGACAGCUGAACAUCUGACACUCGCGUCACUUGGGAAGUCUGCUGCCGAACCGGGGCCGUCGUCUGGAGUGGCUGGGGACAGGUCGCAAUCCGCAUUUACCGAGGACCAGUCCAUACCUGCGCUAUUCCGCGCAAAGCUGCAAGACUACUUCAGGAGCGGUUAUGACCGCGGGCAUAUGGUACCUGCCGCAGAUGCUAAGAUAUCGCAGACGGCGAUGGAUGAGACGUUCCUCCUCACAAACAUCACUCCGCAAGUUGGUGUGGGGUUCAACCGGCACUACUGGGCUUACCUGGAGGACUGGUGCCGGCGCUUGACGUCUUCCUUCGCUGACGUGUAUGUCUUCACAAUCCCUCUCUACCUACCUAAGCUCGACAACGACGGUAAAUGGCGAGUGACACACGAAGUCAUCGGCACACCGCCAAAUAUCUCUGUGCCGACGCACUUUGCGAAGGUGGUGCUGACCGCGAAGCCAUCCUCGCCUUCAACCCCAAAUAUCAUGGAAAUUUCGACCGGUGCGUUUGUCCUGCCCAACGCGCCGAUCCCUGACGAGGCGAAGCUCGAGAACUUCGUCAUGCCCGUCGAAGCGGUAGAGCGAGCUUCGGGGCUCACUCUGUUCUCUGACGCCGUGAAGUCGUCCUCAAAACACAUCUGCAAGUCCACCAAGUGUGAGGUGAUCGUGCGCCGAUUCGACGAUGCACAGAAACGGCCAGAGAUGCGAAGAUCAAUCUCAGCGCCUCGGUAG